GUACUCAUUAUUAAAAUAUAUUAAAUCUACAACGGCUUCAGGCAUAAGGUUUUGUUUUUCAGUGAUGCAAAAUCUCCCCUGGAUUUGAAGUACAUCGGCAUACUGCGUUUUCUUUUGAGUUCCGUUGGCUCCUGGCCGCACAAGCAGUUCGGACGGGGCCGGCUGGAUACUAUACUGUCCAUGUACAAUGUGCUCUUGGUACUUGUUGCUAUAGCGUUACCGAGUUUGGGCGCCACAUACAUCUGGUAUAAGAGAGACACGAUUUCUUUCUUCGAUGUUGGACACGUGCUUUUAUGCAUGUUUUUAGAAUUCUUGUUUCUGAUUCAUACGCAGAUCCACAACAUAUCAGUGACAUUCACAUUGUACAUGGCGUCUCUAUUAGUCUGUGGCAUGCUCUUGUUUAACUUCAUGCCGUGGUUCAACAACUACAGCUACGGGAUGUUCGGUCCGGAGCGACCCACCAACCGCACGUUCGAGCACGCCGUCUACUUCCACUGCUUCACCGAAGACGUCUACACCACCAUAAAGGGCUAUUGGAUUCUCUUUGCAUUCAAUAUUCCUACUAGCUACAACACUUCAACUGGCGUCAUCGCCUUCGACCUUCUGAUCUCCCUUAUCGUCUUUCAAAUUUGGGGCCAUCUCAGAAUUUUGAAACACAAUUUGCUGAGCAUAAUGCCGAAGGAAGGCAUGUAUUCUCCAGAAGAGAAUAUGAGAGUCCGAGAGAUGUUGAAAGAAAUCAUCGAACACCACAAACUAGUCAUAAACUUUGUAGACAAGUGCUCCGCCGCAUUUAGCGAAGAAUUGUUUGUAUUCUACAUGAUGAUGCAGCUCCUCACCUGCACGACUUUGCUUGAAGUUUCCGCUCUGACGGCAGAAGCGCUGGCUAAAUAUGGACCAUUAACUCUCGCGGUGCACCAACAACUGAUUCAAAUCUCUAUACUUUUCGAAAUGGUGAACAGUAAGAGCAAGGAGCUGACGGACGCCGUGUACGGCACGCCGUGGGAGUGCAUGGACGCCGGGAACCGCAAGAUGGUGCUGCUGCUGCUGCAGCGCGCGCAGACUCCCAUCGCGCUCAAGGCCGCCAAGAUGGUGCCCGUGGGUCUACAGACUAUGGCCGCGGUCCUGAAGACAACAUUUACCUAUUACAUAAUGCUGAACGCCGUGGCUGCAGAACGUUAGACCAAGUAAACCCUGUAUUUUGAAAUAAAAU